GUGCGCAUUGUUGUUUUGUUCACCCACUUCGUCGCGUCGCCCUAACAAAAUUGCUAAAUAUUGUUAACAAAAACGCCUCGCACGCACAGUAGCCGGUCGAUUACGAAUCAGGACGCUCGAAAACAAAGCUUUCUCGGUUGAAGUUGUAAAUAAACAAAGAGGUUUUAAAACCAACCAUUUUUUUUUUGGUAAGAAAGCCAGUAACAAACCAAAUCACAAACACAAACGAACGUGUGUGGGUGCAAAUUAAGAAAUAAUCAAAGGAAAUUUAAGAAAAUUAACACACCAACGCACAAGUACACAGAUACAUAUAGAAAAAGGAGCGCGCGGUUAAAAAAGACGAGAGAAUAAGAAAGGAGAAAAAACGCCGACUGCGAAAACGGCGACAAAGUGAAAUUGAUAAUAAACGCAUAAUUUAUUUAAAAUAAUAACCAAUCGGCUGCGGCAGUUAUAAAUAAUUAAGAAAGUCAAGAAGAAAAGCACACACAGCGAAAAUGGCAACACUAAACAAAUUCACAAAAACGCUGUCCAUUGAUGAAAAGGCCGAGAUCAAGGAGAAAUUCAUAGAGUUGGAUGCCAACAAGGAUGGCUUCAUCGACCUGCACGAGCUGAAGGAUGCCCUCAAUCAGGUGGGCUUCAAGCUGGCCGGCUACCAGGUGCGCGAGAUGAUUGAUGAGUACAAGGGCAAGGGCAAACAGACCGCCUUCCAGGGCAAACUGAAUCUGGAGGAGUUCGAGGCACUGUGCCUGGACCUGAAGAGCAAGGAUGUGGCCAGCACAUUCAAGACCGUCGUCUCCAAGAAGGAGAAUCUGGAGACCCUUGGCGGCAUGUCGAGCAUCUCGUCCGAGGGCACCACCCAUUCGGUGCGCCUCGAGGAGCAGCUGGCCUUCUCCGACUGGAUCAACUCGAAUCUGGGCCAUGACAAGGAUCUGCAGCAUCUGCUGCCCAUCGACAGCGAGGGCAAGCGCUUGUAUCUGAGCAUCAAGGAUGGUAUUCUGCUGUGCAAAAUCAUCAACCACUCCUGCCCGGACACAAUCGAUGAGCGGGCGAUUAACAAGAAGAACCUCACAGUCUACCGGGAGUUUGAGAAUUUGACCCUGGCCUUGGUUUCCUCCCAGGCUAUCGGUUGCAACAUUGUGAACAUCGAUGCCCACGAUCUGGCCAAGGGCAAGCCGCAUCUGGUGCUGGGUCUCCUCUGGCAGAUCAUCCGCAUCGGUCUGUUCAGCCACAUCACCCUGGACAGCUGUCCGGGAUUGGCUGGCCUACUCUUUGACAACGAACGUCUCGAGGAUCUGAUGAAGAUGUCGCCGGAGGCCAUUCUUCUGCGCUGGGUCAACCAUCAUUUGGAGCGUGCUGGCAUCUCGAGGCGAUGCACCAACUUCCAGUCGGACAUCGUCGAUUCCGAGAUCUAUUCGCAUCUGCUGAAGCAGAUCGCCGGCAAUGAUGCCGAUGUCAAUCUGGAUGCUCUGCGGGAAUCGGAUCUGCAGUCGCGGGCAGAGAUUAUGUUGCAGCAGGCUGCCAAGCUCAACUGCCGCAGCUUCCUCACGCCGCAGGAUGUCGUCAACGGCGUCUACAAACUCAAUCUGGCCUUCGUCGCCAAUCUUUUCAACAACCAUCCGGGAUUGGACAAGCCCGAGCAGAUCGAGGGACUCGAGUCCAUCGAGGAGACGCGCGAGGAGAAGACCUACCGCAACUGGAUGAACUCGAUGGGCGUGGCGCCGCAUGUGAACUGGCUGUACUCCGAUUUGGCCGAUGGUCUGGUCAUCUUCCAGCUUUUCGAUGUCAUCAAGCCGGGCAUCGUCAACUGGAGCCGUGUGCACAAGCGCUUCAGCCCGCUGCGCAAGUUCAUGGAGAAGCUGGAGAACUGCAACUACGCCGUGGAUCUGGGCAAGCAGCUGAAAUUCUCGCUGGUCGGAAUCGCUGGCCAGGAUCUUAACGAUGGAAAUGCCACGCUGACGUUGGCCCUCAUCUGGCAGCUAAUGCGCGCCUACACCCUGUCCAUUCUGUCCCGCCUGGCCAACACCGGCAACCCCAUCAUCGAGAAGGAGAUCGUCCAGUGGGUCAACAACCGAUUGACGGAGGCUGGCAAACAGUCGCAUCUGCGUAACUUCAAUGACCCGGCCAUAGCCGAUGGCAAGAUCGUGAUCGAUCUGAUUGAUGCCAUCAAGGAAGGCAGCAUCAACUACGAGUUGGUGCGCACCAGCGGCACACAGGAGGAUAACCUGGCCAAUGCCAAGUAUGCCAUCUCCAUGGCCCGCAAGAUCGGCGCCCGCGUCUACGCCCUGCCCGAGGACAUCACCGAGGUGAAGCCCAAGAUGGUGAUGACCGUCUUCGCCUGCAUGAUGGCCCUCGACUACGUGCCCAACAUGGACAGUGUGGACCAGAACAACCACAACAGCUCCGCCAACAACAGCAAUUAGGCGCCACAGCCACAACUCAAUUAUACAUAAACAAAAGGACGGAAUUUUGAUGGGGAUGAAAAGUGGGAACUACGUAUAUUUUUCGUAUUCGCUAAUUACUAAUAACUCUAUUCGAUUGCGUUCCUUCCUGCGCUACCAAUACAUUUUUUGUGUUUUUUUUUAUUUCGAUUACUUUUUGUAAUUUUUUUUAUUAUAUAUUUAUAUAUUAUAUACUUGAGUAUGAGUUUUUCCCCCCCUAUUGUAAUUAAGCAAACAGAUUUUAGAGUGUCGCGCAUCUGUUUCCGAGCCCGGCGAGAUGUUUCUUUAUUAGUUUUGUUUAACAAUUGUUAAAUUAUACAACUGUAACCUUAUUUUAUAAAUAGAGGUUUUGCUUUUUCCGCUUUAAAUCCUUAAACAAAAAAAAAAGAAUUAGGAAACGAAAGAAACAAAAGAAACAAAAACGAAGCGACAAAGUUUAACGUGCAAGAUUAAGAGAGAAUUAUAAUAUUAACAUUGCGACGAAAACAAUGAAAACAAUUAAAUUUGUAAUAUAUAUACAUAUAUAUUUAUAUACGAUUACGAUAUGCGCCUAUAUACAUAAUAUAUAUUUACAUAAAUCGAUAUAUUUUUGCAUAAAUACGUUGCCUGAAGGGGAGAUAAUGAACGAAGAUCGGGUCCGGGAAUAUCCAGAAACAAAAUAGAUCGAGAAAAAAAACAGAGUAAAUAAUUUUGUAUUUAAUAUAUAUUUUUUUGCAAAUAAUUGUAAGCCGCUUUUGUUUAUGUUUUUUUCCAAUGCGUGUGUUUAUUCUAUUUCUUUUUACAUAUUUGUAUAAUUUUGCGUUUAAGUGCGUUAGAGCGAGGUGGCAAUAGGUGGCGCCAACAUGGCGUAGAAAGAGAGGGCAACAAACAUUUUUUAGUGCAAUGAGGCGACAUACAAAUCCAAGAGAAAAAA